AUGGCUGUGCGCCGCCUGCUCAAUGAGAGCAAGAGAGCCGCGCUCGGGAGGUGGCCGCCGGCGCUCGGGGGACCUGGAGGGGCUGACCUGCGACGCCCCCUCGGGGUUGGCAGCAGCAGCUGCAGCAGCCGCAGCCCCACGUGGGGGAGAGCCUCUGGGGCCACCCAGACUUCCUCUCCCACCUUUGGAUUCAUCUUUGACAUUGAUGGAGUGGUUCUCCGUGGCCGGUAUGUGAUUCCUGCUGCCAAGAAAGCCUUCCAGAAACUCACAGAUUCCGCGGGCCAGUUCUGCGUGCCAGUUGCAUUUGUAACCAAUGCUGGGAACUGCUCUCGUGAUGGCAAGGCGGAAGAGCUGUCUAAUGCUCUGGGAUUUAAGAUUUCUCCUGAACGGGUGAUCCUCUGUCACAGCCCGUUGCGCCUCUUCCACAAGUUCCAUGACAAGCGCAUGCUGGUGUCUGGCCAGGGCCCUCUGGCACAGAAUGCCAGGGACCUGGGAUUCCAGCACAUUGUUACUAUUGAAGAUGUAAGGAAGGCAUUUCCUUUGCUUGAUAUGGUUGAUGUAAACCGAAGGCCAAAAGAGCUGCCUCCGCCAACCACUGAUUUCCCUACCAUAGAGGGGGUAAUUCUGUUUGGGGAGCCAGUCCGGUGGGAAGCAAGCCUGCAGUUGAUUAUUGAUGUGCUCCUCAGCAAUGGGAAUCCGGGGGUUGAGCUUGCUACUGUGCCGUACCCACAUCUGCCUAUCCUGGCCUGCAACAUGGAUCUCUUGUGGAUGGCGGAAGCCAGCAUGCCAAGAUUUGGCCAUGGCACUUUCCUUCUGUGCCUGGAGGGCAUCUACAAGAAAAUGACGGGCAAGGAGCUGAAGUACGAGGCCCUGAUUGGCAAACCCAGCACGGUCACUUACCGCUAUGCCGAACACAUUAUCAAACAGCAGAUGGAGAGUCGCGGUUGGAUGUCCCCUCUGCGCAAUCUGUAUGCUAUUGGGGACAACCCAAUGACUGAUAUUUACGGCGCAAACCUCUACAAUCGUUACCUCCAAGCUGAGGUGGAAGUAAACGUUACUGCGAUGGCCGCCAGCACCCAGGGUGAGGGACGCCCCGAGGUGAAGAAAGGCUCUGACCCCUCCCUCGGCUGCAUGCGAAGCUGUCAUUCUGUCCUGGUCUGCACAGGGGUCUACAGUCACAUGCCUGCCGAUUGUAACGAGAGCACGACAGAGGAGGUAUUCCACGGGCAUCGGAACUUCCGUUUUGACUCCAGCCUGGUGGAAGCUUCUCACGUUGUGCGUGAUGCGUACGACGCAGUAGAACUGGUCUUUCAGAAAGAGAACUGGAAAAGGGAGUGA